AUGAACGUGCAAGGCAGAAACCGCUCUGCGCACAAGUCUGCCUCCGAAGACUGGGCCGAAGAGGUGCAAUCAUUGGUCGAAAAGUAUGAGAACAAGGACCGUAAUGGCACAGAUAAUCCCGCAAUCAGUGCUAUCCAUGGGCAGUCUGGCGUUUCCAGACGUCGUACCCAGGAAAACAUCGACCUUUCGGAGAACAGCCCCAGGCCCAGCCUCCCGUUUGCGAAGUCAGACCAAGGCUCUGUCGGCCAAGACAUAUCCAGAAUCAGGACCCAGAAGUCUCUAGAAUCCAUCAGCACUUGUGUUGAUCACGGAGACAGCUAUCGCCUGUCCAACCGCGACACGGCACCUCCAUCGGCUGAUCAAAGUGGCUCGCUCCCUGAACUGCGGGAAGAAGUGCUUCACGCGGUGGGGCAGCAUGAUCACUUGGAGCCCAAGCAUCCAGGGACUCGUGUUGAACUCCAGAAAGCACUCUUCAAUGCUCUGGAGCGCCAGAGCAACGACAAGGAGUUUCUUCCUCUUCAGGCCCUCGACGACUUCAUUACCGAGAAUACAGUGCGACGGGAGCUUGAGGCUGAAUUCGAUCAUUUAUCCAAGACAGAGAUAGAAGCCUGCGUGCACUAUGUUUGUACUAGGAAGAAGAUCAGCGAUCCCAGGACCAAACACCUCAAGUUCACAUCUGGCCAAAGGAUCUUUGCUCUCCUCAUCAUGAUUGAGGGGUUGGAUAGCUUUCUCAAUCUCAAGAGUCAAGGCCUCCACGAUAUUGAUUUGCCUCUAAAAGACAACUGCCAGCGUAGUUCUCAUCGACCAAAAACAUUUACUUGUUUCCAGUCUUGGUCCCCGUUCAGAUUACGAUCGUUCGAUGAAUGGCAAUGGAAGCUGUUGGCACCGUAUUUUUCCACCACCAAAGACAGAGAAGAGAGAGUCUUGUUUUACAGCUUGCCUGCUCCGACAGUAAUGCCAUGGCUUUCAGAAACAGGACCGACGUCGGCAGAUCCGGAGCCAGAUCGCUUCGGGGGCUAUAGCACAGUGAAGAAGGUCAAGAUUCACCCUUCACAUCACAACUUCCAGUUCCCAGAGGGAUGCGAGCCUUGCUUUGCUGUCAAGAAGCUGUAUACGCAUAAAAAGAAAGAAUUCGACCGCGAGGUCGACGCUCUGAAGAGGUUCAACACCAGAACAAACUCAAAUCUUGUUCAAUUGUUGGCGACAUAUCGGCAUCACAACAAUUACUGCCUCUUGUUUCCAGGCGCAGAUGGAAACCUGAAAGAUCUUUGGGAAGCGAACCCUCAACCGGUCGCGGAACCUAGUUACAAGAGAGCGAUGUGGAUGGCCGAGGUGUGUCAUGGCAUUGCCACGGGUCUGUCGCAGAUCCACCAGCAUAGGACCACGGAAGAAAUACGCCGAGAUGCGAUCGAAAUUGCGAAAGAGGACAAGAAAGGGGAUUCGCCUGCUGGGAUACUUUCCAACACUCCAGCAAAUCUUCGCCAGAACGAGGACCGAUUCGGUAGGCACGGGGAUAUCAAGCCUGAGAAUAUCUUAUGGUUCAAGAACUACAAACCGGAUAGCUACCUCGGCGUUCUGCAGAUCUCGGACUUUGGACUCACAAGGUUUCAUAGCAAACACUCUAUUUCGAAACACAUGUCAGACGCUGUUGGGGGCCAAACUUACAGAGCGCCCGAGUUCAACACUACGAGGAACGGGUUCGAUCAAUCGUACGAUAUAUGGACUCUGGGCUGUGUGUACCUUGAAUUCAUCACUUGGUACCUCCUUGGGUGGGAACAAGUGGAUGACUUUUCUCGGAAGCGGACGAAGGAGGACGACGAAGCCUUGAAAUCUUUUAACAAAGAUGGGUUUCCAGAAGACAAGUUUUUCAAGUUGGACGGCGACGGAUCACAGGCCACUGUCAAAAGCAGUGUCACUAGAUGGUUCGAAGUGCUUCAUUCCCGGCCAGACUGCACCAAGUACAUUCAUCAGUUCCUGUACUUUGUCGAAGGUCGGAUGCUUCGAGUGAUGAAAACGGAGCGAGCGGAAUGUGGCGAGGUUGCAGGGGAACUAUGCAAACUGCUCGAACAGUGUGAGAAACGUCCGGAGUUUUGUCUGCAUGGUAUACCUGAAAUCUGA